GGAAACUAAAGAUUACUGGUGCCCAAAGCUGCACCCGCAUCUGCAUGUGCAUCUAAGCCUCUCCCCUUUUAAACUUGGUGUAAGGUCGAGAAAAAAAAACAUUACAACCACAGUACUUGGCUACCGAACGGAGAAGAAAGGUAGCAACAACGAAACAUAUAAUCCUCAAUUCUCAGCUGAGCCUACACGACAAACGAACACCAAGUUGCCGCGUUCCUCUCAGCGCAGAGACAUACAUAUAACCUGUUACCUGACUUAUUCGUUUGAUAAGAACGUGGCCAGGGAAACGAAUCGCCGAUCAGCUGCUUUAUCCACGCGGUACGUUGUUCAAACGAGAUAGCACCUUCAUUGCAACGCACAAUGCCAAUCUGAACUGGCUUAUUGGAGGAUCAGACGAACCGGCAGCCCUCUUGAGUUUUUUUUUAUUAAAAAUUUCAAGGCGCUCACAGGCAUCCCUAAUAAUCCCCAUCAUUUCCCCUUCCAUCACUUUAAUAACACCUAAGACCUUCACCGACUCGGGUUCAUCACCCAAAAAAUUUCAAAAUCAUCACCAUCGACCUUUUCAAACUCAUCGUUUUAGGUACCGUAUCUUCAGGGUCGCAUCUCAGAAGGCCCUGAGGAUCCAUCUGCGCGUGUAGCGUAGAAGAUGUCUUCUGCUGCAUUGCAGUCAGCUCCUCAUCAGCCGACCUCCCUGCCUACCUUAAAUACGCCUUCGCCCGCGACCGCGUCUCAGCCCCAUCGUCAGUAUACACCAGCUCAGUCCCCCGGCGGAGAGGGCCGCUAUGCGAAUCGAGAUAACGCGAAUGCUUCGCCCGCAUCAUCGAGACGGCCGUCCAGACGACCUAGUGGAAACAGCGCGAGCGCGGCGAGCCCAGCACCGACCCACCCAGAACAGGCCCAGUCAUCGCCAAUGACAUCGCGAACCGCAUUAGCCUCGCCGGUGCCGGUAGCGGGUACUACAGCAGAGUACGAUAGGUCAGCUACGGGUCGACGAAGGAACGAGCCACCCGUUGCCCCGCCGCGAACAUCAUCUACGCAACAUGGGCCUGCUGGACCAACCACGUCUCGAAGGGCGGCUCGUGCCGAGGAACGAGCUGCAAAUUCCCCUAGGCGAGCAGUAGGUGAUGGUAGAACAGGUACAAACGGACAGUCGGAGCUUGGGCGAGGAGGUUAUGACGAUCCAAAUUCUCGGAGCCGAAGAGCAGCGUCGCAGCACCUAGCACAAGAGCCUACUCAAAGACCUAGCAGCAAUAGGGAUCACCGUCAGACCGUAACGACUAUGAUGCCCGUUAGGUCCGCUACCAACGCUUCGUCGAAACAGCCAUCGCGCGAGGCUAGCGAGGUUCUUCAUCGUGUAAUAGUUUCCCAGCCGGAAGAUGAUAUUGGACGAGAACGUGAGCGGCUUAGCGAGGCCCAAGGUCAAUUAUCUAACCAUCGGGUCGCAGUUGAGGAGGACGGGGCCGCUCCUCCACCGGUCGGCGUGAACGAUGCCCAAGAAGAUGGGCGGCGCGGGGGUCGCAGUCGUCACGAUCACUCCAAACGCGAGAAGGGAUCGAAAUUCGGAGAUUACUAUCUAGGAAACGUGAUUGGCGAAGGCGAGUUUGGCAAAGUGAAGCUCGGCUGGAAGCAAGACGGCGGUGUUCAAGUGGCUAUCAAGCUCAUUCGCCGUGAUAGCGUUGGAAAUAACCCAUCCCGACUGGCGAAGAUCUACCGUGAAGUGGCAAUCUUGCGCGGCAUCUCGCAUCCCAACAUUGUGAGAUUGCACGAGAUGUCGGAGACUGAACGCCACAUCGGAAUUGUCCUGGAAUAUGCGUCCGGGGGAGAACUUUUCGAUUAUAUCCUUAAUCACAGGUACCUAAAAGAUGGUCCUGCUCGUAGACUCUUCGCCCAGCUCAUCUCGGGAGUGGGAUAUCUUCAUAAGAAGGGUAUCGUCCACCGAGACUUGAAGCUUGAAAAUCUACUUCUCGACCGGAAUCGCAACAUCAUCAUUACCGAUUUCGGGUUCGCCAACACAUUCGACCCUCAUGAUGAGUUAACCGAAGACGAAGAGUUGAAUCUAUCCGACCGUGAAUUCGUCAAGCGCUCCGGCUUAGACAAGACUAAGCAGAACGGAAUGCGUAGGGGCGACCUGAUGCAGACUAGUUGUGGAAGCCCAUGUUACGCGGCCCCGGAAUUGGUGGUCAGCGACUCGCUUUAUACUGGUAGAAAGGUCGACGUCUGGAGCUGUGGGGUCAUCUUGUAUGCCAUGCUUGCUGGUUAUCUACCAUUUGACGACGAUCCCGCCAACCCCGAGGGCGACAAUAUUAAUCUCUUAUACAAGUACAUCGUGAAUACCCCCCUCACGUUCCCUGAAUAUGUUACUCCUCACGCACGAGAUCUGCUGCGUCGUAUACUGGUUCCGAGCCCCCGAAAACGUGCAGACCUAUUCGAAGUAGCUCGACAUAGUUGGUUGAGCGAAUACGCACACGUCGUAGAACUCAUCACCAGUACGACGACCACCAGCAACGAAAUUCAAAAUACCACCGUGCCUUCUGAGGAUGCGGAUACGGGUGGCCUGGGGAGGAGCGCGUCUGUCAGGGAGCCCUCGAAACCGAAGACGACUACUGCUCCUCAGACCGAUUCGCCGCGGAAACAGGGUAAGGUCGAAGGAGAAGAACAAACGUACGGGAAGCCGCCGAAAGACAACAAGCGACGAACUGUCCAGGUGGAGUACGUUGCUCCCGUCACUCAAACGCAAAGAGGAGGUGAACAGCAGUCGGAUCCUCACUCGUCACCGCGCGGAAAAACCCGAGCUCGUUCCUCUAGUCAGGGCCCCGUCGAGGUACACGCUUCGCCCGCCGACAAGCCCCUACCAAGAGACCCGCCGGUCUCCAGGGAGGAAUACCCUACCCCGUCCCGAGACCCUCGAAAACCGCCCAGUUCGCACAGACGAGACGUGCCGCCCCCAAGAUCAAAUAUACCUCGUUCUACGUCUGAUCAUGCUUAUAUGACUACGGCUGGCCCAAGCUCGUCGGCGACGCGGCCGACUACCGGAGGUUCGAUGCAUUCAACCGCUUCUAGGUUAGCGUCAUCUACGAGAGGAUCGUACGGUCAACCAUUACCCCCUGCCGUUGCCGGUACUAACGCUCAUGGAAGCAUACAACAACCGAAAGGCGCUAAGAAUUACGUUAUAUCGAACCCGAUCCCUCAAGAGACGCCCGACAUGGACUUCGGUCGACCCAGUAUUACCGUACCUUCUAAAUAUGCCCAAGUUUCGGGUUUUAGCCAGGGACAGCAGCAGUCGAGCGAUGCCAAGGGCCAUCGUAGGUCCAACACUAUCGGCGAGAUCGGUGGCAAAAUAUUCGGUCGUAGUGGUUCUAUCUUCGGUGGCCGGAAGAAGCGCCCGGACCAGGCGGGAGAGAAGGCCUCCAAGAAGUAUCCCCCUAUUAGCAUGUCUAACGCGCUGCCUGGCGAGUCAAGGACUUCCAUGGAGUCCCGCGCUUCUAGGAGAUCGUUUUCUUUGGGACUUGGGAAGAAGAGAAGCGGUAGUAUAGCGGGGUCGCAGGCGUCGAUAGACAAGCCGCAGAAUCGUCGGUUCUCCUUGAUGAGAGCGAUUGGUUUGGGUAAGGAGCCCACAACCCCGCCUGCUGAAUCUUCUCAGCAAGAUUUGCCUAUCCAAGAACCUCCGGAGGUGGACGAUUAUAACCGAUACGCGGACCAUCAGCAGGGUCGCGGGAACGUGGGACAUCAGUACGGAGAUGGUACUUACGAAUCGCUACAAUCUCCAAGGUUGGGCUCGGCGCCUAAUUCUAACGCCAGCCCCGUCCAGCUACGAUUCCCAGCGAACCCCAGACCUACAGCGAUACCUUCCUAUCUGCAGUCGGGCGCAGUCCUGAACUCCGAAUCUGAAUCCUCGCUUGAUCCCGCCCAACGAAAGCCGCCUAACUCGGCACCUUACCAGACCGGCUACGAUUCCGAUCACUACGACGGGCGCCAGUCUGGCCGCGGAAGCCGCGUCUUGCAGAAAAACAGGAGAUUUGUGGACGCUUAUGACGGGGAGGAGUACGGAAGGCCUCACGACCACGCAGGUAGUAGCGGCGCGGCGAAGAGGGUAAUGGACUUUUUCAGGAGACGGGGACGGGCGCGUGGAGGCGAACCUUAGAAGACGAAUCCGUAGGACGUUUGCGGAGGGGAAGCGCUCGAUCGCGUAUGAGGAGUCCGCCGCCGACUAAGACUACGACAUCACAGGUACGCGUCGGCGUACCUGGACGAUCUCAAAAAUUGCUUCGAUUAGAAAUCUUCGGAACGCUAAUGAUACCUUGUUCUUCACCAAACGCCUAUAUCCUACGGUACUUACAUUGUAAUACGAGACACGCAAGCCUUUUUUGAAAGAUCCAAAUCUAAUAUUCUGCCCGUUGAGGGAUGACGCAAAUCGCCGAUCGUUGGGGGGGGGAGGUUGAAUGAGGUGACCUGU